GCUUGGGAGUAGAUCGCUCGCAGAGUGGGAGUGCAGUCGAAGGUUAUCCAUCGCCUGGUGCAAGCCCUGUAGCGUCACUCAGCCGUCGGGAUCAUUCUUUUAUAGAGACGUGCAAGCAACAGAAUCCUUCUCACUCGUUCGUGGGUGCAGAUUGUUUUUUUUUCUUUCUCUUUUGUGCCCCCUCUCUUCUCUUCGCCCCCGGGAUCAGGCUUAACUCUGCGUUUUUGUAAAGGUGAUUGUUAGUGCGCAUCAUUGCGGGAGCCAAAAGGAGGUUUGCCACUUUUUCAUAGGACACUGCAGGCUGCUCCAGCAUCAUGACAGCUGAGAAGAGUGGGCCGGUUAUAAACGGUAAACCAGAAGAUGGCAGAGAAGGGUCUAGCUCAAGCCUUGACAAUGGGGAGUACAAUGAAAGGGGCCACUGGAACAACAAGAUUGAGUUUUUCCUGUCUGUGGCUGGAGAGAUCAUCGGACUGGGCAACGUCUGGAGGUUUCCUUACCUCUGCUACAAGAAUGGAGGAGGGGCAUUUUUUGUUCCGUAUGUCAUCUUCUUCGUGUGCUGCGGUAUCCCUGUGUUUUUCCUGGAGACGGCUUUGGGUCAGUUUACCAGCGAGGGAGGCAUCACCUGCUGGAGGAAAGUCUGCCCACUCUUUGAGGGAAUUGGCUAUGCAACGCAGGUGAUUGAAGCUCAUCUAAACGUGUAUUAUAUUGUCAUCCUUUCAUGGGCCAUAUUUUAUCUGUUCAACUGCUUCACCACUGAGUUGCCGUGGGCUGGCUGUGGGCACUACUGGAAUACAGAAAACUGUGUUGAUUAUUAUGGAGAAAAUGCCACGAACAUCACAAACCCCAACGCAACUUCUCCAGUCAUCGAAUUCUGGGAACGCAGAGUGCUGAAGAUAUCGGACGGCAUUGAGCACAUGGGGGGGAUGCGCUGGGAGCUGGCCAUGUGUCUGGCUUUGGCCUGGUUCAUCUGCUACUUCUGUAUCUGGAAAGGACCAAAGUCAACUGGCAAGGUUGUUUAUGUAACAGCCACCUUUCCUUACGUUAUGCUGUUGGUCCUUCUGGUCAGAGGAGUCACGCUGCCUGGAGCUUUUGACGGCAUCAGGUUCUACCUCUACCCAGACAUUUCUCGCCUCUCCGAUCCUCAGGUAUGGGUGGAUGCAGGAACCCAAAUCUUCUUCUCCUAUGCCAUCUGCUUGGGUUGUCUCACAGCUCUUGGAAGUUACAAUGCCUAUGACAAUAACUGCUACAGAGACUGCCUCAUGCUGUGCUGUUUGAACAGCGGUACCAGCUUUGUGGCAGGUUUUGCCAUUUUCUCUGUCCUGGGCUUCAUGGCCUAUGAACAAAAUGUUCCUAUUGAAGCCGUGGCAGAAUCAGGCCCUGGUCUUGCAUUCAUUGCAUACCCCAAGGCAGUGACCAUGAUGCCGCUAUCUCCACUUUGGGCCUGUCUCUUUUUCAUGAUGCUGAUCUUCCUCGGCCUGGACAGUCAGUUUGUCUGUGUGGAGAGUUUAGUGACUGCUGUGGUUGACAUGUACCCAGAGACCUUCAGAAGAGGCUACCGUAGAGAGCUGCUGAUUCUUGGCAUGUCUAUAGUCUCCUUUCUCAUAGGACUCAUCAUGUGCAUGGAGGGUGGGAUGUACGUCUUCCAGCUUUUUGACUCCUAUGCAGCCAGUGGGAUGUGUUUGCUGUUUGUGGCCAUAUUUGAGUCAAUAUGUAUUGGCUGGGUGUACGGAAGUGACAGAUUCUACCUAAAUAUUGAGGACAUGAUUGGAUACAAACCUGUGUUCUUCAUCAAAUGGUGCUGGAUGAUUCUGACCCCAGGCAUAUGCGCUGCAAUUUUCCUUUUCUUCUUGAUUAAAUACAAACCUCUGAAGUACAACAACGUUUACACCUACCCUGACUGGGGCUAUGGCAUAGGCUGGUUCAUGGCUAUGUCGUCCAUGGUGUGCAUCCCACUGGGGAUUAUCUGGAUGAUUUGGAAGACACCUGGCACCUUUACUGAGAGAAUAAGAAAGUUGACCACUCCCAGUCCAGACCUAAAAAUGAGAGGGAAACAUGCUGCGCUGAGUCCAUAUGCUGUCAAUGAUGCAAAACUUAAAGUCGAUGGGAAAGUAUCCACCAUUUCAGAGAAGGAGACGCAUUUCUAACUGACAUCCCAACUGAGCAACUCAAAGUCUUUAUGAGAAGUCCAACAAAAAUUUAAACCACAACAACACUGUCAGCCACAAAAAAAUGAAAGAAAUUAUUCCGAAAGCCCCUUUUGUCUCGUAAAAAGGGGGGGGGGGGGGCAAUCAGACAACUAUAUAGUCUGCUACUAUUUUGCACAAAUGUUGUGUAACACGUUUUUCCGUUUUCAAUUAAUACCGUUACUAAAGCAGCUGAUACCACUUUUUCUAACUAUUAAUAUGUUACAUGUGUUUGAUGACAUGCGUUCAAUGGUUAACACCUUUCCUGGCACCUGGUAAAGACUCACUGGUGUCUGUGCCUUUAGAACAAAACCAAUGCGUUGAUCUGUUCUUGGCUUUCACUGAACAUUUCUUGGCAACGUGCUAUGCCUCCUUAUUUGUUACAAGGUUCCCUUGUGUGAAUAUCUAAAAUGUAGCAGCUUGAGGACCAUUCUGCAUAGUUCAGUGCAAUAUGUCUUAAUUUUGGGACCACAGGUAACAUUCCUGAAAGUAAAACUGUUGUUGACAAAGAGUCUUACCUGAACCAGCUACAACUUUGAGGGCUGUUGAACAUUUUUACAUCCUUUUAGGUCAGUAUAGCCAAAAAAUGCUCACAAUAUAUAAGUCAAUGAUGUUAAUAAGGCCAUUGAUUGACACAUUAGUACAUAUUGAGUCCACUGCUUAAAUUCUCUGACUAGGAGGUAUACAGCUAAAUAGAAGGAAUUAGUACAAAACAAAUAUUGAGGAUAUAGCCAGUGUGAAACCAACUACUAUAGUUAAAGAGAUAGAUUAUUUUAUGGUUUUAGCUACAGAUCAUCCCAAGGCUACAAAUAGACGUGUGUUACUCGCAGGCUGAGUCUUAAACACACCUCUUUCUCCUCUAGCUGCCCUCCUUUAAGUCAUGGAUAUCUAUCAUUUCACAGUAAUUAUGCUGAGCCUAACACAGACUGACAGACGUGCCUCCAACCCUGCAUUUUUAUUUCCUAUUCCGCCUGUAGAAGGAGAGAUGGACGCACAUCAGAUGAGCAUUUCAAACCUCAUCUGUCUUUUAAUCCUCAUUCUUUGUAUUCUCUGGCUUCAUCUCUUCCCCCUUUCCUCUCACUGUCCUUCCAUUUCAACUUCAACUGCUGCUACUCUGUCUCUCAACAUUUGCCUCUUUAAUAUAUUCUGUUUCUUUUCUUCAAAUGGUUGGCUUGACCAAUAACAAAGGACUCCUAUGAAACUGUAAUACUUUUGCAUGAUAACACGCAUUUAUGCCUCAGCAAUAGUCUUGAGAAUGACUUGAGUUUCUGUGACUUCUUCUGACACUGAGAAAUGUUGCUGUAUGAGCCACUUUAGGACUGUGAGUACAUGUUACAAACAUAGUCACCAUUAGAGACAAUGAGCAGGACUCAUUGUUCAGAUCAGUCUAUGGUAACAUCAUCAUUUUCAUUCCUCCAUUCAUCACCUCCCUAAUUUUCUUUCCUGUUUGUUCUGAUGAAAAUGUAAUUAGAGGACAGCAUCAGAGGUAAUGAAAAACAUUAUCACAGUUUUCCAUGAGGAGGUAUAGUAUUAAGGUGAAGAAUUAAGGAAUUGGUGAGAGGAGGAAGUGUGCAAUUGAGUAGGAAUUGAAAGAAAUUGAGGAUGUGUUUAGUGACUGAAGUUCCUCCUGUACAAGCUGUGAAGUCCUCUUGAAUAUGUGAUUGGUCCCUCUGAUGUGGCUGCAUUCUGACAUUAUCUCCUUCUUACAGCUGGUUGAACAAGUUAAUAGUUUUGUGUAUCAGAAAUUGUAGUCUGCUGUUUAACAUUUAUGGCAUUGAUGUAUAUCUCUACAUCUUUCCCUGUAGAAAUCUAUGGUCUAUUUCUUGAUAUGUGUAAUGAUAAAGAAAAAGAAUUUGUUCAUUUGUUAUGACUUUUGAUAUGUUCAAAAGAUCUUGUUAUAGAAAUAUAAUGAAAAGUGUUUUACUGUUCUGUACUUUUCCACACACACUUUGGUAUUCACGAGACACAUGAACUGUCAGCUUACUCAUUUUUAAAAAUAAAUAUGAAAUCAAUUGGA